UCGGCGCAACUUUAAAUUCCGGUGUGGUUUCGAAGUGUGACUAAUAUGACAGAAGGAAGGGAAAUGCACAGAACAAACUGUGUUAACAGUUUAAAAGUUUAGCCUUAUUGUCUUGACAAUGUGAUAAUCAUGGAUUAUCUCUUUAAAGAAGUUUAUUAUUUAAGGUGUAAUUAGUGUUGUAACAAAUACAAGUGACCAGGAAGAUGGACGCAAACUUUACGGAAAUAUUAGAAGAGUUUAUGGGAAGUGCACUUGUUACUUGGGUGCAUCUCUUUGAGGGUAUUGUCGGUGAGGAGGAGAAUGGACCGUUCUCUCAACGGUACAUGGAAGUAAACUCCAACUCCCAGGAUUCAUUGAGGCAGUACCUGAAGUUUACCAAUGGAGUCUACCUCAAUGAAGUCCUGAGAAUCAUUGAUCCCAAUCCAAAGGUAGAGCAAAUUUAUCACAAUGUGGGUGACGACAAUAUUCGGAGAGUCCAAAACUUUUCCAUCCUCAAUCGACACCUGAGAUCAUACUAUCAGGAGAAUCUACAACAGCUGUUGCUGAUGCCUCUGCCAAAUGUUGCUGUUUUGGGUCGAGAUCCUCUGACAGAGGGCGCUGUUGCGGAGCUCAGAAGACUGUUACUGUUAUUGCUGGGGUGUGCUGUGCAGUGUGAAAGGAAGGAGACUUUCAUUCAGCAAAUUCAAUGCUUGGAAAUUGACACACAGGCAGAGAUUGCCCUUUGCAUACAAGAGGUAACCCAGGACCCGAGUGCAGUGCUGCCUCUGGAGUUUGGAGACAUGUGUGGCCUCAGCGGAGCAGAGCUACAGAGUCUCUUUUGCUCCAUGGCCAAACAAAUUCAGAGCCUGCAUGCACAACGAGACAUACACUUGGAGAGGAUAGCAGAGCUUUAUCAAGAAGAGCAAUCAUCUACAACCCAUAUAACCACGUCCAGCGGGUUUGGUGAUGGAGCUCCGGAAGGACUGGCUGUGCAGCUGGCAGACAGCAAGGCCAAACUACGAAGACUCAAACAGGAACUGGAGGAUAGAUGUGAUCAACUGUUGGACUGCAAGCAAGAAAUGCAAACUACGGAGGAAGAGAUUAAGAAACUACAGAAGGAGAACCGAGCCCUACAGGUGGAUGCGCGUGUGAAUCGUGGCCUGAAGGAUGAAUUGGAUUGUCUGCGGGAGCGCGCAUCCAGAGUAGAGCAGCUGCAGGUGGACCUGAAAAACUCCACACAUCGACUGCGCAGCAUGGAGCUGUACCGCACGCAGCUGAAGGAGCAGCAGCAGUACUGUGCCUCCCUCCAAGAAAACAAAGCUCUGCUGGAGGAGCAGCUCGCUGAUGCUCGCACACGCUGCACGGCUCUGCGGGAACUCGAGAAGGAAAAUCUUCUACUUAGGCAGAAACUUGUGCAUAUGGAGAGUGAGCGAGAUGUGGAGAGACAGAGGGUGGACGAGCUGUUGGAGAUGAAUAUGAGUCUGCAGGUGGAUCUGAAGUGUCAGGCACAUAAUGUGGGUGUCACCCAGAGAAUGACUCAUCAGGAUUUCCUCCAAUCAGAGCUGGAGUCUGACGAUGAAGUUCAGCAGAUGAACUUUCCUAAAAUCGAUCUUAAACCCCUGAGCGAAGAGGUAACCGAGGCUUCAUCGCUGCGGCUUCUGGGAGCUGAAAAUGAGAACGCUGAACUGAGAAAACGUCUAGAGCACCUGCAGGCCGAACAAGAGGCUCAACACAGGAACUCCCCUGAGGUGAUGGAGGAUCUCCAGAAACGGACAGAUCAACUCUUCCAAGAGCUUCAAAGCACAAUUAAAGAGCUGAAGCAUCUGAAGAAUGAAAAUACCAGCUUGAAGAUAAGUCUGGAAGAGCUGAGGACGAAACAGAAACAGGAGGACAUAGAGGAGGACGGAAGACUCUCUGAGGGAAACGAAGAGAGAAAGCUAAUAAUCCCAAGAGGGGAAUGUGAAGGAAAAGACACAAGAAAAGAGAGACAGGACGGAAAAGAAGAAAGAGAACGAGAAAUAAUAAAAACCCUCAGAGAGGAUGGAGAGGGGGGAGAGGGGGGCGACGUAAUCCUCAGUGAGAGAAAAAAGAAGGUUAGGGAUGAAAUGAAAAGCGGAGAGAGAGGAGAGGCUGAGGGUGAGAAGGAAAUUCAGAAGAAAGACAUCACAGAGGAGAUAUCCCAGCACAGCGCUGACACCCAGACAAUCACACAGACGGAGGCAGGGGAAGAGAAAUUCUCUCAGGACACCCUUGACCUGCAUAACCAGCUUCAGCAGGCUCUGGAAGAGGUUGACAGACAGGCCUUGCUAGCACAAGAUCUCCGCUCCAGACUGGCAGAGCAAAGUAAGAAGGUCUUGGAGGCCGAGCACAAGAUGGUUUUCCUCGAGGCUGAAAACCAGAGGUUGAAGAAGGUGGCGGACACCCUAACGGAGGCCAGGAAACAAAUAGAGGUGCUGCAGGGCGAGUCUAUGCAGCAGGAGGAGGAACUAAUGCGUCUGCGCACUCAGGUGGAGUUUCAGAAGAUGGAGGCUGCAGUGAUUGCUCAAUUAGAGGGAGACAGAUCCGCGCUGGAAAGAGAGCGAGAGACUCUCAAAGCCACUAUAGACUCGCUCAGAGCUGCAGUACGCAAAGGUGAUCAGUUAGAACUCAUUAACCAAAACCUUAAGGUUGACAUGGAAAGGCUGGGGAGAACUUUGGAGUCGGCCAGGCGUCGUGAGGAAGAGUUAGAAGCCGAACUCAGAGAUUCUGGCCUGGAGGCGGGGUCUCUGACUAGAGGGCGGGAAGAAGCGGUGUUGGAAGUCACACGAUUGGAGCAGGAGAAAGAGGCGUGUCAGGUGGAGCUGGACGGCCAACGGCGUGAGCAAAGACAAAAAGAAAGAGAGUUGGCCAGACUCAGACAGCAGCUGGAAAGCACAACGUCUGCUCUAGAGCACAGUAACCAAAGAGCCUGCAAUUUGGAAGCACAAAACAGACGGAUGUGUCAGGAGAUUUCUCAGUUUAAAGAUACAUGUGCACAGUUACAGGAGAUGCAGAAGAAAAAUCAGGAGCUCAGUAUAGUCAACGCCGAAUGCAAGGCCCAGAUUGAGUCUCUUACAAAGGAGCUGUCUAAUGAGGAGACCCAGUCUCAAGAGUUAUCCAGCCAGGUAACACGACUCAACCACACACUUGAGGAGAUGCAGAGCAAACUUGAAAUGGCAGCUAAACAACAGCAAGAAUCUGCUUCGGAGGCCACUUUAUCAUCCUCAGACUCACACGCACAGAGGAUAGAAACUUCUGUAUCAAACACGGAGGCUCUGCAACUGACAGCAGACCCCCAGGAGACCACUGUCAGAACUGUAGAUAAGGUUAACCACAACCAUGGCUCCGGGCCCACAGACUCCCCCUGUGCAACAGAAGUCUCGGAAAACAUAGAGAACAAGCACGCUCUUACAAUGCUGGGAAGCCAGGGGGCUUUGAGUCAGAGACUGAUAAAUACAGAGAGGGAGAAUGCCGUGCUGCAGCAUGAACGAGACAUAUUGUUGGCUCAGCUGACUCAGUCUCAGUCAGGCUGCGCUCAGCUCAGGGAGCAGUUGGAUACCCUGCAGCGCCAUUCCAUCUCGCUGCAAGAAAACUGCAGUAAAUUACAGGCCCUCAACACCAAACUACAGGUGGAACAGGCCACGCUGAGCUCCGACCAUGCAGCGGUGUUGGCACGUUGCAACGAGAGCGAACUUCGCUGUGCGGCUCUGGAUGCCGAAUCGAGGGUGUGGCUAAAGGAGAAGGAGGAGUCAGUGAUGCGUCUGGAGGCUUUAAGGCGGGACCAUGAGAGACUGACAGCUCUACAGCACAGGCAGGAGGCGGAGCUAGAAGAGUUGAUUGGUAAACAUCGUCAGCUGAAAAGCAGCAAUCGCAGUCUGGAAGCUCAAUAUAAAGACAUCGGAGUCAGAUACAAGGAGCUAUUAGAUCGAAAAGCUCAGCUAGAGGAGGCAGAAGAAUCCAUACGUAUGGAGCGAGAGAAAAUGGAGAGAGUGACACAGGGCCAGUUGGAGAGUGAGAAAGAGCUGGAGAAACUGAGAAUGGACAAUGAAAGAUACCAGAGCCUUCAAAAGGAGUGGAUUCAGGUUCAGUCUGAGCUGUUGGCUCAGAGUUCAGUUCUGCGGGCAGAGGUGAGCGCGGCACAGCUUGAACGGACCAAACUGGAGGGAGAUCUCAAUAGCCUUAAAGAACAGAACCAACAGACAGAUCUUAACUACGUUCGUCUCAGCGGCCAGUACCAGCUCCUUAACCAAUUGAAAGCGAACAUGGAAGAGGAGAACCGACAUUUAGGAGAACAGAACCAGAAUCUAGCCAAAGAAAACAAAGCUCUGCUGGAGAGCAGACUGGAGAGCAAAGACCAGCACCACAACGAGCAGAGAGAAUACCAUGACAAGCUCAACGAGCUGCGCAGGGAGAAGCAGAAGCUGGUGGAGAAGAUAAUGGAUCAAUAUCGAGUUCUGGAGCCGGGUCUGCCCGGCAUGUGUCCACCCAAACAGCCAAAGAAGUCGAACUGGAUAGCAGACCGCAUGAAGAAGCUGAUCAAGCCAAAAGGUGGAAGCAAAGAAGGACGAGCUCUUUUUAUUGCCGUCGGCAGUAUAGAGAACCUCGCAGAUGCCGUGGAUGGCACGCCUGGUUCUUCGGCCACGGUGCCAGUUCAUGAGCAGGACCCCAUCAGUGCUCCAGUCUCUCCAAGUGUACUUAGAAGAGCCUCCUCCCAGGCUGAAUCUGAAGACCAGCCGAAGGGUAAUCUGCGUACUGGUCGGCGUAAAUUGGGCUCCAGGCACGGCUGGGCUCUCGGCAGGGGCAGAGGAGGAGUCUCCCAGUCCUUCAGUCCCGGUGACCAGCAUGCACAACCUCGCAUCCGCCUGCACUCAUCCCACACAGCUUCCACAGCCAUCUGGGAACACGACGGCAGCCCCACACCCAGCCAGGAUAGUGAGGAGGGGAGAGUUGAGAGCGAAGAAAAUAUUUCACCUGAACAUUCAGAUGUUAGUCGUGUGUCAUCAGGAACAGAAGACUUACACUCCAGUUUUGACAAGCCACAAGAUGCAGAUCACAAAGAAUAAAACAUUAUUCUUAAAAAAUUUUUACCAUGUUUUUAUUACUUUCAUAAAUCAGAUUAUGUACUAUUACAAUAUUUAAAAACAAUAAACGCACAGAUAUAAAUUGUGAAAACAA